ACGGAAACCAUCACACCCGAAACUUUCGUGGGAUUUUCUGCCCUCUUAACGCCACUCCCCUUUUCGCCAGGUGCUGAAUUGGGUCCUGUUCCCCUGUUUAGCUGGCUAUACUCUCAAUCCUCGUCGAUCCCUCCUCCAACCCCAGACGACGCCGACGUUGGACGCGCACACAUCGUAAACCGGCGAGAUGAGCGAACUAGAUCCGAAUAUCGGGUCGUCGCGUGAUACUCCAUCGGUCUCGGCUCAGACUCUUUACCUCACUUUAGGGCCUGUCGCUGUUGUUGCUGCCGUCUACUUUGUUAUUUUCUUGAUUCUGCGGAAGAGUCAAAGACGGUACUAUGCUCCGCGGACGUACCUGGGCAGUCUUCGCCAGAGCGAACGCUCACCUGCCCUACCCGGCGGCCUGUUCAACUGGAUCGGCCCGUUCUUGAAGAUUUCCGAUCUCCAUCCGCUGCAACACCAGUCCUUGGAUGCGUACCUCUUCCUGCGAUUCAUGCGCAUUCUGGUUAUCAUCUGCUUUGUGGGCUGUUGUAUACUUUGGCCGGUGCUUUUCCCCGUGAAUGCGACUGGCAGUGGCGGCGCGGAGCAGAUCGACAUACUCUCCUAUUCCAACGUGGACCAGAGAACGCAGUCGAACCGCUACUAUGCCCAUACGUUCAUGGCCUGGAUCUUCUAUGGGUUCGUCAUGUACAUGAUCCUGAGAGAGUCCAUCUACUACAUCAAUCUGCGCCAGGCGUUCCUGCUCUCGCCUUAUUACGCCAACCGCAUCUCCUCUCGAACCGUGCUCUUCAUUUCCGUCCCCGAAGAAUAUCUUGACGAGGCUCGGUUGCGUAAGAUUUUCGGUGACUCCGCGAAGCACGUCUGGAUCACCGGAGACACAGAGGAACUCGACAAGCUGGUUAAGGAACGCGACAAGGUUGCUAUGAGGUUGGAAAAGGCCGAGGUCAAGCUCCUGAAGCUUGCUAACGCCGAGCGCAUCAAACUGGCCAAGAAGGGGGGCGGCGCGGCCGAGAGAACGGAGGCGCCCGCGGACGCGGAAUCGGGUAGUUUGGCCGCUCGCUGGGUCCCCCAGAAGAAGCGGCCAACCCACCGACUUGGGCUUCUUGGUCUCGUGGGUAGGAAGGUUGACACUAUCAACUGGUGCCGAACGGAAUUGGGGCGAAUCAUCCCUGCCGUCGAUGCCGCCCAAAACCAAUACCGCAGCGGGCACUACAAGAAAGGCUCCAGCGUCUUCGUCGAAUUCUACCACCAGGCCGAGGCCGAGUCGGCAUAUCAAGUCUUGGCCCACCACCAGGCUCUACGCAUGUCCUCCAAGUAUAUCGGGGUCACCCCCGGCGAGGUUGUUUGGAGCGCGCUAAAGAUCUCGUGGUGGCAGAGGGUUGUCCGCAGGUUCGCAGUCCUAGGUUUCAUUUCUGCUCUCGUCAUCUUCUGGGCAAUUCCCGUCGCUGUUGUCGGUGUGAUUUCCAACGUUACCUACCUUGCGACGCAAGUUUUCUUCCUCAACUGGCUUCUGUCGAUUCCCGAGAUCAUUCUCGGCUUCAUAUCUGGCCUGCUACCCUCCGUCGCUCUCGCUUUCCUCAUGUCCCUCGUCCCUAUUAUCAUGAGGCUAUGUGCCAAACUCUCCGGAGAACCUUCCCUGUCGCGAGUCGAGUUGUUCACCCAGAACGCCUACUUUGCUUUUCAAGUUAUCCAGGUCUUCUUAGUGACGACGGUGACCUCGUCUGCAUCGUCCGUCGGAGCGCAGAUCGCCCAGGACCCCGCGUCGGCCACCUCCGUCCUGGCUGAGAAUCUUCCCAAGUCGUCCAAUUUCUACAUCUCGUACUUCAUUGUGCAGGGUCUCGGUGUUGCCUCGGGCGUACUCGCCCAGGUCUCUGGCUUCGUUAUCUUUACGCUCAUGUACAAAUUUCUGUCGGGCACUCCGCGUUCCCUGUACACGAAGUGGGCAAAUCUGAGCGCCAUCUCGUGGGGUAGUGUGCUGCCGGUCUACACUAACAUUGCUGUGAUCAGUAUCACGUAUGCCGCUAUCUCUCCGUUGAUGCUGGGUUUCGCCACCAUCGGUCUCUUGAUGUUCUAUCUCGCGUGGCGUUACAAUAUCUUCUUCGUCACAGACACCGAAGUUGACACCCGCGGGUUGAUCUACCCCCGAGCUUUGCAACAGCUGUUUGUCGGUGUUUAUAUUGCCGAGUUGUGCAUGAUCGGGCUCUUCGGCGCUUCCGUGGCUAUCGGCCCCCUUGUUCUUAUGAUUAUUUUCCUCGUUUUCACGGCUCUGUUCCACGUGACCAUCAAUAACGCCCUCGACCCGCUUCUGUACAACUUGCCUAGGACUCUCGAGGUUGAGGCGGAAUCGAAGUUUCAGGAUGCCGAGAGCCCCAUCAUCAAGAACGGCGACCAGGACGGCAUCGCGACGAGGCUGUCUUCCGGUAAAACUGCUGUUGACCGGAAGAAGGGCGGAUUCAUCGCCAAGUUCCUGAAGCCGUGGCAGUAUUGCGAUUACGAGGCGAUGCGGAAGCUGGUACCUCACGAUAGUCUGGACACGAGUAGCAUGUAUACAGAGGAAGUCGAGCGCAACGCCUACUUCCCGCCGUCUGUCAGCAGUGGGACGCCGCUGCUCUGGAUCCCCGAGGACCCUAUGGGUAUCUCAAAGCAGGAGGUCCGGGACACCGGGAAGGUAAUCCCGAUCACCGACGAAGGGUGCACGUUGAGUGAAAAGAACAAGCUAGAGUGGGAUACAGAGACGGUGCGGCCGCCCGUCUGGGAGGAGAAGAUUUACUACUGAGCGGAACCCAGGCGUGAGGUAUGGGUCUUUUAGGAUGCCUCAUCGUGCUCGACCUGAGGGUGCGAAUGGCAAAUAUCGGUAGUUGAUAUCGACCGCGACUGGUGUUAAUUUCGGACCGAGCUGACCGCGACUUUUCCCUCCCUUUUUUUUUCUCUUUGCAAUCUUGAUAAUGCAGGGCCGUGGUGGGAGAUGACGAAGGAUGAGACUCGAAGGUUGGGUGUCGCCGACCAGGAGUACCGAUGUCUUUCUUACGUAGACCCGGAUGCCUGACGAAGAGGUUGAAGCUUUUUAUCUGUCACGCUGUCCCUCUAAUACCCCGUUCUCCAUAGUUAUGAAAUAAACGAUGUCCAAAUACGUGUGAUGUCUAGGGUGAAUACGGACUUCCGCUGUCUGAGAAGUGUCUCAUGUAAUCGACCGGAUGUUCCUGGCCUACAGGAUGUGUGCAGGUGUGGAUACGCGGGUGGAGAGUUGUUGGGACAAGUCGAUCCGAAAGCGUGGAGAGAGAGAGAGAGAGAGAGAGGAGGGUGGUGAUGGUGAGCCAUGUUUGAAUAGGGUAUGGUAUCGCCGUGUAGGUCCCUUAGGUACC